GAGAGCGUUCCACCAAAAGCUGACGAUAUCGCCAUUAUAAUGUAUACUUCUGGAUCAACAGGAACACCAAAGGGAGUCCUAUUGUCACAUAAAAACUGCAUUGCAACAAUGAAAGGUUUUUGCGAUGUCGUUCCAAUCUAUCCCGACGACGUCUUAAUAGGAUUUCUUCCACUAGCUCAUGUAUUUGAGCUGGUUGUCGAAAGUGUAUGUUUAAUGACGGGCGUGCCGAUUGGAUAUUCCACGCCUUUGACAUUAAUAGACACUAGCAGUAAGAUUAUGAGAGGCUCCAAAGGAGACGCUACCGUCUUAAAACCAACUUGUAUGACAACUGUACCACUUAUAUUAGAUCGUAUAUCUAAAGGCAUUAAUGAUAAGGUGAAUUCCGGAUCUGCAUUCAAAAAAGCUUUGUUCCAGUUUCUGUACCAAUACAAAGUGAAGUGGACACAAAAAGGAUACCAGACGCCAUUGAUUGAUAGACUCGUGUUUAAGAAAGUUGCCAAGCUAAUGGGAGGACGUGUUCGUAUUAUGAUGUCCGGGGGAGCACCACUUUCACCCGACACACAUGAGCAGAUAAAAACAUGUUUGUGUGUCGAUCUAAUCCAAGGAUACGGUUUAACUGAAACCACAUCGGGAGCGACUGUUAUGGAUUAUCGUGAUAUGCAGUACGGUCGUGUUGGCGCACCUUUGACAGUUUGUGAUAUACGUUUAGUGAAUUGGGAAGAAGGAGGCUAUAGAGUCACAAAUAAACCAUAUCCCCAAGGUGAAGUUCUUGUUGGUGGAGAAUGUGUUUCUAUGGGCUAUUAUAAAUUACCAAACAAAACAGCCGACGAUUUCUUUGAGGAGGAUGGCAAACGCUGGUUUAAAACCGGAGAUAUUGGUGAAAUGCAUCCAGAUGGCGUACUUAAAAUUAUUGAUCGCAAAAAAGACUUGGUCAAGUUGCAAGCUGGUGAAUACGUCUCCCUUGGAAAAGUGGAAUCGGAACUCAAGACAUGUCCUCUUGUUGAAAAUAUAUGUGUAUAUGGUGAUCCAACCAAGCAGUUUACUGUUGCUCUUGUUGUACCGAAUCAGAAGCACUUGGAGGAGUUGUCCCUCCGUCAUGGACUUCAAGGCAAAACAUUUGAAGAGCUCUGUUCUAAUUCGGAAAUAGAAAAAGCAGUUAUUAAAGAAAUUGCCGAUCAUGCACGUAAAUGUAAACUACAAAAGUUUGAAGUUCCAGCUGCCAUUACACUAUGCAAGGAAGUUUGGUCACCAGACAUGGGACUAGUUACAGCUGCUUUUAAGUUGAAACGCAAAGAUAUUCAAGAUAAAUAUCAGCAUGAUAUUAAUCGGAUGUAUGCCUCAUGAAAUUGACUAAACAACUAGGUGCAGUUUUAGCCGGUUGGAAGUACGACCUUCGCGAAAAGUUUAACCAUGUACUAUCUUCAAUUUUUCUUACAUCACGAUCUAAAGUGGAUCA